AUUUCAGCGACGCAGGAAGCCUCAUGUCUCGACUCCUUCAGCUUCCAGACGAAAUUGUUCUCCUCAUUGCGCGUGCACUCGAUUCAACACGCGACAUCAACGCCCUCGCCCAAGCUUGCAAGUCGCUCUACUACAGGCUCAAUCCAGUACUCUAUCGCCGCGAUCGCAGCCAGGGCACCAAAUCAGCCUUACUAUGGGCAGUCCGCAGAGGUAUCCCCGAAAUUCUUCAGCAUGUUACCGAUGCUGGCACUGUGCCUGUAGAGGAGGAGAUACCGCUGGUACACAUGGCCGCGCACUUUGGCCACCCCAACAUGGUGGACUUGCUACUUAGCGAAUACAACUGUAGCCCGGAAGGCGAUGAUGGACGUGGUUUCACACCGCUCGGUCACUGCUUUGGGCACUCAGAAAUCGUGCAGAUACUCCUCAGGCACGGAGCCAAUCCUUCCAAAGCGUGCAACCCGGACGGUAUCCUGCCACUUCAUGACGCCGCGGCAAGGAACAACGUGGAAACUGCGGAGUUGCUGAUUGCUGCUGGUGCCAGUGUAUCGGAUGCAACCUCGGCCUCCUAUGAUUCUAGUGCAGGAUUCACGCCGCUUCAUUCCGCCGCAUGGUUCGGAUCGCUUGACACAGCCAAGCUCUUCCUCCGUCACGGUGCCAAUGUCAACCAAGCAGCAGAAACAUCUGCCAAAACACCAUUGCAUGAGGCUGUUCUUGCAAGAAACGCAGAUGUGGCCAUGCUUCUUGUCGAGAAUGGUGCAAACGCAUCCCUGGUUGCUACUUCCGGCUAUCGGUCAUGGAGAGCGGUUGAUGCUGCAGUUGCAGAGGGCCAAGAGGCCUUAGUCAAGCUUAUAAUUGACAAGGGAUUAGACCCCAACGUUCGACAGCCAAACGGCGACCACUUGAUCCAAACCGCCGUGGAAAAGGGUAGAUUGAAAAUGGUCAGACUCCUGCUCGACAAUGGCGUCCAACUCGAUGGACCAGCAGCCGCCUUGGACGAUGAGGAAAAGCUGGCAUUACUAAAACUGGCCAUCGAGCGAGGAAGCGUCAACAUAGCCAAGUUGAUCAUCACCAGAGGCGGUGGUGGCCUUGAAAAAAAGACUGGAGCAGCCGAGGUGACGCCAUUGGGAUUAGCAUGUUCCCUGGGGAGCAAGACGCUCGUCUCUCAACUAAUAAAAGCUGGCGCAGAUCCUCUCUCCGUCGAUGAAAACGGCGUUACAUUACUACAUUACGCUCUCAUGUCGGGAGAUACUGAAAUUGUCCGCAUGAUACUAAAGCAAGGCCUAGAUGUCGAUGCCCGGGACAUCAAUGGCCAGUCAGCCCUAUUCUACGCCAUGGAUCAAGAUGUCAGCCUUGCCAAACUGCUUCUGGAUCACGGUGCCGACCCUAUUUUUCUCGACAAUAACAACAAUACAACAUUAUUCAAUGCUGCUGGUGGACCCGAUCUUGGCGUCUUUACCCUGCUGCUUGAAGCAGGCGUUGACCCUAAGCAGGCAAACGUUGCUGGUUCGACUCCGCUCCAUUAUGCUAGCAGUAAAGGCCACUGGGAACACGUCAGGCUGCUGCUGGAUGCCAAUGUGGACACGGCAGGGAUAAAUAGCGAAGGGGUAUCGCCGCUGUCCGCUGCCGCAGCCGCAGGGAACGAAGCCAUUGUCAAGAUGCUGCUGGAACACUCUCCCAAUCUACUUCAACUAGAGACCCAACCAACCUUAGGAAACGCGCCCCUUAUGCAAGCAAUCGAAGGACAAAAUCCAGCAGUGGUUGAGCUGUUGCUCAAGAGCGGUGCAAGCCUUGCAGUGCGCAACUCUGCCGGCCAGACACCGCUGAUAGUUGCGGCCAAGUUUCCUAGUACAGAGGUUGUCAAGACAUUAUUGGAUGCUGCGGGAAGGAUAGAUCUGGACGAAGCUGAUCUUGAUGGAAGGACAGCAUUAUUUUUUGCUUGUUGGUUUGAACGGAAAGAAACGCUUGAUCUUUUGCUCGAGCAGAAUCCCCAGCCCAAGUGUGACGUGCAGGAUCGGUAUGGCGCUACCCCCCUGAUCAUGGCGGCGCGCAACGGUCAUUUUGAGGCGAUGCUCAUACUAUUGGGCGGACACUACGACGAUCUGACUACGAGAGAUGUCUUUGGACAUGAUGUCUUUUACUGGACAGCUCAGCAUAGUGAAGAGGACCCCAUGGUGGACCUUGUUCGGGGGUUUGCAACGGCCGUUGGCGCAGAAAUGCCUGAAGGGCCGGAUGCUGAGCAAAAUAUGGAGAAAUUCACAGAGAUAGGGUGUUUGUGCGAUAUAUGUGGAAGAUGCUUGACGUCUGCGUCUUCGGGAUAUCCGCAGGCUUCGGAAUGUAAGCUGUGUAAUGUUGGAGAUGUUGGUUCGGGGUUUAUAUGCUGCUAUGAUUGUGUGGACAAGGGGCAGACGUGUAGAGAUGGAGAUCACGAGUUGGAAUUGCAUGAUUGCAAGUGCGAAGACGAAGCAGAAAAUGAAGCGGAAGAAGAAGAAGAAGAGGGAGAGGGAGAAGAAGCCGAAGAAGGUGAAGAAGAAGAUGAAGGGGAAGAAGAUGAAGGGGGAGAAGAUGAAGGGGGAGAAGAUGAAGACAAGGAUACCGAUGGUGACGAUGAAGAUGAAGAUGAUGAAAACGAAGACAUGCGAGAUACAUAA